AUGUUCCAACUGAUAUUAUUGGACCUUAUGAUUUUGUUGCUCCAGAACAAAUUACGCAACAGAAGGUUACGACAAAGUCAGAUAUUUGGUACGUUUGGCUCUGAUUUCUAA